UGUUCCCCUCUGUUGACACCACAGCGCGCUGCAGUGCCGCUGUGUCCACCCGGCUCAUCAUCUUCACCAUCACCGCCGUACGAACAGAGCGGACUCCGGGGACGGAGCAGGAGACGAAGCACCGGGGCCGCGACAUGGAGCUCAUCAACCGGUUGCAGCCAACGAGCAGGAUGUGUCUCCUUCCGUGAUCAACAUCCGGCAUGGAGCUGAGAUAACCUCUUCCUCUUUUCUUCUCCAAUCACUGGCUCGGUUCCAAUCAUGGGUGUGUGGCGUGGUCUCAGGGUGGCCUUCGUACUGGGCUCCGUCUUCAUGAUCCUGCUCAUCAUCGUCUACUGGGACGACGUCGGGGGCUUCAACCUCUACCCUCUGCAGGACCACAAACGCUGCCCCCUUCAGUCACCCUCCUGCCCACGGACAACCACGCCGUCUCCAUCCACCGCCGGACUCCAGAGCAGGUCUCCACUUCCUGUUUCUACCACGAUUUUCAGCACAAAAGGCGGAGGAGCAGCGGUCGAGGACAGACAGGAGCAGAGGGAGGUGAAGACGACGGGAGGAGAAGGGGAGCAGAAAAGGAUCAGUUCUCGUCGUCUGGACGUGGAGCAGGAGGAGAGGAAGCAGAGGAUCAUGGAUGUUUGUUCAGAUCUGGACUUCCCUGGAAGGACUCGGUCGUUUGAGCAGAUCCCCAACAGGGAGCUGGAUCACCUGAUCGUGGACGACACCAACCAGAUCAUCUACUGCUACGUUCCUAAGGUAGCAUGCACCAACUGGAAGAGAGUGAUGGUGGUCUUGUCUCAGGCUUUGAUUUCACCCUCCUCAGGAAAACCCUACACUGACCCAGAGGCCAUACCCCCAGACCUCGUACACAACGCCACGCUUUACCUCACAUUCGCCAAGUUCUGGCGUCACUACGGUUCUCUGUCCCGCCACCUGAUGGCGCUCAAGCUCCAACACUACACCAAGUUCCUGUUUGUCCGAGAUCCGUUUGUGCGUCUCAUCUCUGCCUUCAGGAACAAGUUUGGAAGACCAAACGAGGACUUCUACAAGCAGUUUGGUUCCGUCAUGCUGCGUCGUUACGGUAACAUCUCGGAGAGUUUGCCUGAAAAGGCAGCGCAGGCGUUCGCUGCUGGAAUCAAACCUACGUUUCAGCAGUUUGUCAGCUACCUGCUGGACCCUGAGACGGAGAAGGAGAAUAUCUUCAAUGAACACUGGAGACAGAUAUACCGUCUGUGCCAUCCAUGCCAAGUCAAGUACGACUUCAUUGGACGACUGGAAACCCUAGAGAGCGACGCCGAUCACCUGCUGAAGCUCCUGGACGUGGACCAUUUACUCCACUUUCCUUCAGGAGCCCGAAACCGAACAGCGGCCAGCUGGGAAAGAGACUGGUUCUCACAGAUUCCUCUAACAAUGAGGAGAGAACUGUACAAGCUUUAUCAACCAGACUUUGAGCUGUUUGGUUACCCCAAACCAGACAGUGUUCUGCAUUAGUUACCCCCACAGAGCCAAAGGCUGGGGCGCGGCACCGUGUGUGGCGCCCACACCUCACUCUCCUGCCUUGAAAGACCAGUCUAUGAUGCUGUUUGUUUGGAUUUGAAUUUCCUGUAGUGACCUCAAGUGACUGAAGUGCCUGUCAGUAUUAUUUUAUUUUUAUUUCUUUUUUUGCUGUCGUUACAUAUCUGAAGCACACAGGCUGUGUUACCCCGCUCCUCUACCCAUGAAAAGGCACUUUGAAUUGUAUUUAAUGAAUUAUAGGAAGUCGUUGGGGACGAGGCUAAGGCUAACUGUCAGCAGAAAGAAAAAUAAAUGUUUUUUUUUAAACA